CAGAGAGGUAACGAGACAGAUAGAUGACAAGCAAAGGAGAGGGAAGGGAGAGAGAAACAGCCGAUGUGCCGCAGUGGAAGCGUUGACUCAUUCUUCUGCCGUCUCAAAAAGCAUUCAUCAAGAGAUCACACAUUCUCUCAUGCGCUAACAGAGGAGGACCUAGCCGCGCCUGUUAGCCAGGAGGAACUAGGACUGAGUCAUGCUAAGACCACAAGGGGCUGAGAGGUGUGUGUGCCUCGUACUCCUCCCGUGAAUGCCUCUCACCAUGGCUAAGAGGGAGACGGGCAGCACCAGCCCUGUGGUGCGACAGAUAGACAAGCAGUUCCUGGUCUGCAGCAUUUGUCUGGAGCACUACCACAACCCGAAAGUUCUGCCCUGCCUGCACACCUUCUGCGAGAGAUGUCUCCAGAACUACAUCCCGCCACAGUCCCUCACUCUUUCAUGCCCAGUGUGCAGGCAGACAUCCAUCCUGCCUGAGAAAGGCGUAGCAGCGCUGCAGAAUAACUUCUUCAUCACUAACCUGAUGGAGGUGCUACAGAGAGAGGCAGAGUGCUCGCAGCCCGAGGAGCGCGGAGUGCUAGAGUCCGCCAGCGCCGCCAACUCGGCCCAGCCGCUGUCCUGCCCCAACCACGAAGGCAAGGUGAUGGAGUUUUAUUGCGAGUCGUGCGAGACAGCGAUGUGUCUCGAGUGUACGGACGGAGAACACCGCGAGCAUGUGACCGUUCCUCUGCGUGACGUCCUCGAGCAACACAAAGCAGCGCUGAAGAGCCAGCUGGACGCCAUUCGCAACAGGCUUCCUCAGCUGACGGCAGCCAUCGACGUAGUGAACGAAAUCUCCAGGCAGCUCUCGGAGAGGAAGAGCGAGGCCAUAUCUGAGAUCAGCAGCACGUUCGAGGAGCUGGAGAGAGCACUGCACCAACGCAAGAACACCCUCAUCACUGACCUGGAGAACAUCUGCAGCACCAAGCAGAAGGUGCUCCAGACCCAGCUGGCUGCUCUCCUGCAGGGGAAGGAGAAUAUCGAGAGCAGCUGCAGCUUUACAGAACAGGCUCUGAGCCACGGCAGCGCCACCGAGGUGCUGCUGGUGCAGAAGCAGAUGGGAGAGAGAGUGGCAGCGCUGGCGCGCCACGCUUUCCCUGAACAACCACACGAGAACGGGCACCUGGAGUGCCAAGUGGAGACCGAAGGCCUCCGUCGCUCCAUCCAGAACUUGGGGGUUCUUAUCACCACUAGUGCUGUGGGUCACACCAGCGUGGCUACAGGAGAAGGACUACGGCAUGCCGUGGUGGGACAACACAGCACCGUUACCGUUACCACCAAGGACAAGGCUGGGGAGUUGGUGAAGACGGGAAGCGCAGCUCUCGUCGCUCAGAUCACCGGACCCGACGGCUCGGUCACUGCCGGCGAGGUGACGGACAACAAGAACGGCACGUACGAGGUGGGCUACACGCUGUCCAGCGACGGCGAGUUCUCCUUUUCCCUGCUGCUGUACGGCCAGGCUGUGAGGGGAAGUCCGUUCCGCCUGCGCGCAGUCAAAGCCAGCGACGCCCCGCACUCCCCUGAAGACGUCAAGAGACGUGUGAAAUCUCCCGCAGGAGGUGGAGGAGGGGCUCACGUCCGCCAGAAAGCACUGCGUCGUCCCGCCAGCAUGUACAGCACCACCAAGAAGAAGGAGAACCCCAUCGAGGACGAGCUCAUCUACAGAGUGGGGUCGAGAGGGCGCGAGCGGGGUGAGUUCUCCAACCUUCAGGGCAUCUCCACAUCCACCAACGGACGUAUAGUGGUGGCUGACAGCAACAACCAGUGCAUACAGGUGUUCUCUAACGAUGGUCAGUUCAAGCUGCGCUUCGGGGUCAGAGGUCGUUCGCCAGGGCAGCUGCAGCGUCCCACCGGCGUGACAGUGGACAUGAACGGGGACAUCAUCGUAGCAGACUAUGACAACCGCUGGAUCACGAUCUUCUCUUCUGAUGGAAAGUUUAAAAGUAAAAUCGGAGCAGGGAAGCUGAUGGGACCCAAAGGAGUAGCUGUGGACAAAAACGGUCAUAUAAUAGCUGCAGACAACAAAGCCUGCUGCGUCUUCAUCUUCCAGUCCAACGGCAAACUGGUGACCAAAUUCGGAGCCAAAGGGACGUUAGACAGGCAGUUUUCAGAUAAAAUUACUCCAACCACCCCAACAGAGCCAAAGCUAAGUAAAUCAGGCCCUGCAUUCAGUCCCCAUUUCGUGACCGUGAACAACAAGAAUGAAAUAAUCGUGACCGACUUCCAUAAUCACUCCGUUAAGGUUUAUAACGCAGAUGGCGAGUUCCUGUUUAAGUUCGGUUCUCAUGGAGAAGGUAACGGCCAGUUUAACGCUCCUACAGGAGUGGCAGUGGAUGGGAAUGGUAACAUCAUCGUCGCAGACUGGGGUAACAGCAGGAUACAGGUGUUCGACAGCUCGGGCUCGUUCCUGUCGUACAUCAACACUUCAGCAGACCCGCUGUACGGCCCUCAGGGUCUGGCCCUCACCUCCGAAGGACACGUGGCCGUGGCAGACUCGGGGAACCACUGCUUUAAAGUCUACCGCUACCUGCAGUAGGAAUCCCAUCAAGGAUCAUCCAGCAAAAGUAUUGUACACGUGUAACGAAUUUCUUUGCACAACCACAAAGGCCCCUGCCACUGAAACGACCUUGAUUCGAGUCAAAUUGAAGUUCGAGCAGGGUCUGACGUUUAUCCCCUCAUCGCUAUUGCACCGAUUUGAAUCGAUUGUGAGUUCUUCAUUGAAUCCAAAAAAAAAAAACCGACAAAAAAACUAGACAGCAUCACCAACAUAUGAGAGUAAUAACAAUCACAGCACUCUGAGCAGUGUGUUUGUGAAGGCAGCUACUCUUCAGCUUUUACACUGGUUGGUUUACCGUCAUCAAACCACUUAAUUAGGACCUUUUCAGCGGCACGAAAUUCCUUAAUUAUCAACAAGCUGUCUGGGGGAAAAACACCAUACUGUGAAAACAAAGCCAUUUCCUAUCAGACUUACUCUCCGUGCAUUGACUCGUUGCAUACGUUCAUGCGUUUCUGUCAUAUCGUGUGCGUUCAUCGCUUUCGCAAAGCCACCGUGCUUCAGUACGAUAAAGCUUCAAAUGCCAGUGUUUUCAGCUCUUAAUGUACAGGUAGAGAGGACACGCAGCUUAUAGUCCUAACGCUCAUCCGCCUUAAAGGUCUCUGCGUAUAUCUGACAGGGGUGUCUGCCAUAUCACCCAGCACGACAGCACAACUCUAGACGUAGUGAAGGAAAUUUUAAUUUAUUUCAUUUUGUAUACCGUGUUAUGAUUUACAGGUGAAAAUAACUAAUAAUUAUCAUUUCUGUAACGUUUUUAUCUGCAAAUGCCUUGACAUACAGUAGAUGCUACUGCAUGAAGCGCUUAAGUGUAGGAAGCAAACAUAUCGCCAAACAUGAAUGGUGCACAUCUCCGAGACAAGGGGGAAAAAAAAAAAAGAAAGAAUGAACGUUUGUGCCAAGAGUACGAGACUAUUAGAGGUGUGUUUUCAUGAUUUCGCUUCUGAAGUUUAGUAUCCUGAAUCCACCAUUCCAACACUGUAAUCUCUGUAUGAUUUUUAAACGUUCGAUCCCUGCAGUUUUAGCACCGGUUGAAAAGGAAACGCCAUGGGAGAUGCAGUUCAUAUCGAUCAGGGGCCAGGACGAUUACGGGGUCGAUUUUGUGCCAAAAGUAACAAAACGACAAAAUCCACACGCAAAAUAAUAUCAUCACAGUCGAAACGUACAUUUUGCAAAUGCAAAUGAUGAUCCUUUUUUUUUUUUUUUUUUUUUUUUUUUUUUUAAAUCUUAUCUUUAUUAAA